AUGUGUUUGCAUGCGUCGGUCCUCUCGCUCAGUUUCCCGCGGCUCAUCUCUCUGCACGAACGGCCAGGCUACUUUGUUCCGUUGGCAACGCUCCCAUCCCACGCGGCAGCGGGGCUGGCAUCGGCGAACACAAGCGAUGGUCGCACCCUCUUGGUGCUUGCCAACUUUUGGGGCGGCGCCUCUCACGUCUUUGCCUUUGCCGGUGGAGCGUUGACGAAGCUGCAGGAGCUACCGACCGACAUGGCCCACGACUGGGAAAUCGCACGCCUCUCCGACGGCCGCACACACGCCAUCGUAGCCAACUACGGGGGCGCAGUCUCCACCGUCUACCAGCUGAGCGACCCGCGGGUUCCGCCGCCGGAGCCUCUGCCGCCGCCGCCGUGCAGCGAUCAGCACGCCGCAUGCCGCGACUGGCAAACAGCCGGCGAGUGCGCGCACAACCCCACCUUUAUGCGCGAGCAGUGCCAGCAGAGCUGCGGCAGCUGCGCCGCGCCCGGAGCAGGCCCGUUCGUGCCCGUGCAGCUGCUGCCGACCGAAGCGGCGUCGGCCGCGCACCACUUUGUCGUGCGCACCGCCGGUGGCCCGAGCCGAGACUUCUUGCUCGUGGCGCAGCGCCGCGUCGCCCUCUUUGAGUUUGACCCGCAAGCGGCGCAGUGGCGGCUCUUCUUGCAGACCAACGCGACCGGCAUCUGCGAGUUCGCCAGCUGCGAGGCGCCCAGCGGGGAGGCGGUGCUCGUGUUUGCCCAGUGGCACGCGGGCGGCACCUUCCGCACCGCCAGCGCAGUCUAUGCUUUCGAUCCGGCAGCCUCCCAGCCGCUGCAGCUGCUGCAGGAGCUGCCGACGCUCGGGGCGCACGACGCCGAGUGCUUCACAGUCGAGGGAGGGGAGGGGAGCGAGACGCUGCUCGCGAUCGCAAACGUGCGCGACGACGCCUCGCAGCGCGUCUCUUCCGCCAUCUACCGCCUCGACGGACGAGCACUCGUCGAGGCGCAGCGGCUCGACACCGUCGGCGCGCACGAUCUCGAGCCUCUCUGGGCGGGCGGCCGGCGGCUGCUCGCCGUCGCAAACCAGGGCGACGGAACCUCCUGCAACGCCUCGGUGGACGUGUACGCGCACGCGCCCCGCGGGUGGGAGCUGCUCCAGUCCCUCCCGACCGGCUGCUGCGUGUACGUCCACUCCUUCCGCGACAGGGGGCGCCUCCUCCUCGGCGCGGCGGUGGAGCGAAUCGGCUCCGAGCCCGCGCAAGCUGACACGUACCGCACAGACUCACUCGUGUUUGAGUGGAUAGAGCAGACGUACUAG